CUUCUUGCAAGAAUUUGAGAUUCGACGACCAUGAUGGUGAUUGGUGUGGCUGUCUGGCCUGUGGUAGCUGUGUCGGAGAUCGGCACUCGCCACUCGACAGUGUAAUGGUCUAGCUUUUGGGAAUUGGGAGAAAUGCCUUCGUCGACUCAGGUUUAAGGGCCAGGAAACCCAGAGGUGAAUAAAGCAGCACAAGGGGAAGAACUUAAUAACCAAAAAGAAAAAAAAAAUGGAUACGGCUCAAAACCCAGACUCAGAUCAUAAAAAAACCGACCCUCCUUCGUCGGCUUCGGCCUAUCUUGAUCCUAACUACUGGAACCAGCGGUUCUCUAAUGAAGAACACUAUGAAUGGUUCAAAGAUUAUUCUCAUUUUCGCCAUCUCAUGCAAUCCCAUAUCAAACCCAAUUCCUCAGUGCUGGAACUCGGUUGUGGGAACUCGCAGUUGUGUGAAGAGCUCUACAAGGAUGGUAUCACAGACAUAACUUGCAUUGAUUUGUCAUCUGUUGCAGUAGAGAGGAUGAAGGAAAGGCUGUUGUCUAAGGGAUACGAAGAAAUAAAAGUCCUGGAAGCAGACAUGCUAGACCUUCCCUUUAGCAAUGAGUGUUUUGAUGUGGUUAUUGAGAAAGGAACCAUGGAUGUACUGUUUGUGGACAGUGGUGACCCAUGGAAUCCACAGCCGGCAACAAUAUCCAAGGUCAUGGCAAUGCUUGAAGGUGUUCAUAAAGUUUUGAAACCCAACGGCAUUUUCAUAUCUAUUACUUUCGGCCAGCCACAUUUCAGGAAACCUUUCUUUCAUAAUGCCAAGUUUACGUGGUCGAUCGAAUGGAGUACUUUUGGAGAUGGAUUUCACUAUUUUUUCUAUAUAUUGAGGAAGGGACUCCGGUGUUUAGAUGAUGAGGACUCCAUUGAAAAGAUCCAGAUGCCAUCAAUUUCUCUAUAUCAUGAAGAGUUAGAGGGUGAAGAUUAUAUUUUUCGAACCAAUAUAGAGGAGUUAAACAGUUAGCUCAGGUAACUAUCACUCUUCUACUUUCAGCGUCCCUGCCGGAACCAUGCUAAUGAAGUCGAAACAAGGCAAACAUGUACCUUGAAUGCCAUUCUAUCUCUGCAAUGUUUACAUCGAUGUGAUAAGAUUUAAGUUAUCUGGAACGGUCGCUGAGAAUUUCGAGUCUGACUGGCUGUUCAACCUUUCAAUUGUAAACUUCAUCGAUUCGGACCUUGUCUGAGUAAUGUUACUAUUGUAAUGGAAACAAGUUACAGCUAAAUGUAGUUUCUGCAUUUUGAGCUAAUGACUGUGUUCAUUGUUGUAAUGCAGGUUUCAUCUAAAGGGUACUUUUAUAGUUGUGUUAGAUCCUGGAUUGAGGUUGUCCCAAAAAAUGGAAAUUUUUUGAUGCUC